AUGGAAAGUAUCAAAUACAGAAUCACUGAUUUGCCGAUCAAGAAGAAGCGAUCUAAAAAGCGCAAAGUUCCAGCAUGGAUAAGAAAUUCGAAGUAUAAAUAAGCACACUAAUGUGAGCUACCCUUUAAUCCCAAGAAUAUUACCUAAAUGUCAAUCUCCCAAUUCGAGAUACGUGAAUGUUGCUUACCGGAAAGUAGAAUCUAAAGCCAGAAUUAAAGGUCUCAUUGGCAGGAAAAUGAUACAGUCUCAUAGUCAAACAAGAACUAAAAUCGAUUGCACAAAAGAAGAUGAGAACAAAUAGCAGAAGACUCUUCUCAAAGCAUCCUUUAAAAACGAAGCUUCCUGAUUCUCCAAUUCUUGACCUCGCUAGCAGCAUAAGCCUAAAAACUUUAAAAUAACUUCCCAACCCCCAUAUCACCAAAACCCAAAGAAAAUAGCAAAAUCCAAAACCCUUCAAUCCCUCUAAAGAAAGAUAAAAAUGGCCAAAAAGACCCUCUAGGACCCCAAAAAGCUCUAAAAGAAGCCCCAUUGCUAUCUCCCUCUCAAAACCCAUUCUCCAUCUUCUAUCGUACUUUAAACCCUUCUAAUCCUCUACUAAACCCCUUCUGCAGUCAUUUUGAAGCCCAAAACAGCCCUAAAAUCCCCCAAUUUCCCAGCCAGAAACUUAUUCAGCUCCCUUCAAAAUCCUUAUAUGAAGCCAAAAAGACAGAAUAUAGCUCAACGAUUACUCCUUUUCCCUUUACAACUAUGUCUUUCCAUACCUGAAAGAGCUCUAAGAGUUCUCGAAAACCCUCCAAAAGCUAUCGAUAUAAAUACACCCAAAGAUCCGUUCGUACCGGAGAUCUAAUCUCUGCUCCCUCAACCCAUAUGGUUCCAAGUAUGCCCUCUCUCACAUUUCUAGGCCGAAAACCCUUCUACUCCAAAGUACCAUCCCUCUGACCCUCUAGACUAAUUCACCCACUCUAAAACACCACCAGCUAUACAGAAAUAUUUAAA